GUCAUCCAGGUCACGAACCUGUCCUCGGCAGUGACCAGUGAGCAGAUGCGGACUCUCUUCGGCUUCCUGGGAGAUAUCGAGGAGCUGCGCCUCUAUCCCCCGGACAACGCACCUCUUGCUUUUUCCUCCAAAAGCUUUGAUAGUUGUGCCCUGCGCAGAAGAUGACUAGACUGGCCAAGGCAGACCUGUUACACUUGCCUGAGUUAGGCAUUGUUUGCCAUGCCACUAAACCUGCCGCCAAGUGAAACCUUCAUGGGGGAAAUGAGAUCGAAGUCUGGCCUGCUGAAGAUGGACGCCCUGUCUCUGUUUUUAUUUUAUUUUGCUUUCUUUCCUUUGUUUCUUUUAUUUUAUUUUGUCCCUUUUUUGUUUUGUUCCGUUAAAUCUCUUUCCCUUGUACUUGUGAACUGGUACUUCAGUUCUGUAAAAAUGGUGUUUUGUAAAGGAUUCACAGUGUUUCAUUUUGAAGUUGACCUGAAGCUGCUUAUGAAUGGUGGAUGGUAUACACAGAAUUUAGAAUAUGAUUAAUUUUUAUGCUGUGAAUUACAAAUAAAUUUGAUUUGGAAUACAUUUAAGCAUCUAAAUUUAACAGAUGAGCACUUUGUGUCAGAAGACAGGAAUAGUGAAAAAUAUAUCAGUUUUAAGAUACAUUCUUUCAUAUAUUAUGCUUUACGAGUUUAUCUUGGAAAAGGAGAGUUGAAACUCUUACUUCUUGAAAAACUAACUUUACAAAGUGAAGUCACGAUCUUUCUCUGCUAUUUUUCCUCUUCUCAGCAGAGUAGUUUUAUUUUAGGUUGCAUGAUCUGUUUAAAAGAAAGCUUACUAUUUAUGUCUAAUGUGAAGAGUUUAAAAUCAUUAUUUCUGAAAUUGAACUUUCAUGAGUAUUGAAUGUCAUGAAAUACUUGUUUGCUUCUGAUGAAACCUUGCUCCAGUGAAGUCAGUGGCAGUAAGAUUUCAUCCAUUUGUUUUUGUAAUUUUCAGAAAAAAAACUGUUUACCACUCAUAAGUACAAAUGCAGCCUGAAGUUUUGGUUGGAAUGUGUUAUGUGAGGCACAUUGUCUUUUAACUCUGUUAUUUGUGGGAAGAUUGAAUCAGUUCUGUGUGUGCGUGUGUGUAUGUGUGUGUAUAUUGCACUUUGACAUGCUCCAGUGGUGGUUAUUUCAAGAAGGGGUUUUAAAAAAAAAAAAAAAAAGGAAAGAAGGAAAGAAAGGUUUCUUCUCGGUCAUCUCACAAUCUCAGAAGCCCUGGCAGUUCAUGCUGGAGUGAUUGAGAAGGCUCUUACCCCUAAAUGAUGUUCUUACUUCUUGUGAAACGGAAACCCUGAAACAGAAGUGGUGGACCAGGUGGUGUGUCUAGUCCUCAGGCAUUCCUUUUCCCAGCCAGCUGCGUUGGGAUCAAUUGGUUUCAUUCUGGUAAUGCACCAGGCUGCACACUGCAGCUGAUGAGAGCUUUGUUUUGUGAUCUCUGUUGGAUUUAGCUGUGGCAGUUGAGGUAGUUUUCAGUAGGUAUAAUCUCUUUAAUCACUGCUGCUAAAUCCAAUAAGAAUCAUGAAUUGGAUCUCACAGAAAUUAUUUUAUUUGUAAAUGCACAUUUCCCAUUGAUUUAAAAUAGUAGGAAAAUAACAAUUCCUUUAAUUAUGUUUAGAGUAGAUGCAAACUGUAAGUAUUUUUAAAACAAGCAAACUUUCUUAUUGAAGAAGCAGUUUAGGGGGGAGAAUUAACCCUGUAGUUUCAGUACAAAGAGUAGGAAAUUAAUUACUUCUGAGCACUUGGAGGGGGAUAAAAGAUACUUCUGUUCAGCAUUUAGCAAAAUGAUUUGUUAUGGAUGAGAUUGACGAGGGCUUUUAAGCACUUCGAUGAUACACAAAAGUAACAGUCAUAACUGGUAUUUAGGACAACCGUACAUUUCAUAAGAAGCAUAAGCUGUCUCUAGGCAACACAGAGCUAGUCCACAUCUGCUUCCAGAUUCUUUUGCAAAGUGAAGAAUCAAUAAAUAAAUGAUCAUAGAAUCUGUAAUUUACUAAACACGAAGAGCUUCUAGGAAAUCUAUAUAAGGAUGUAGUAUAGAUGUGGCAUAUUUAUUUUGUCUGUUUCCCUCAUUAGAAAAUAAAGAUAUUUAACUCAUUUCCAUUCAGCUUUUAAAUUCCAUGAGUUUAAAAAAUGAAACAGUUAUUCUUAAACUGAAGUGUCCUAAUUUGUUGUGUCAUAGCCCACAUGUUUUGUUGUAUCUUUAUGGGCUUGUAUUCCUUUUAUAAAUAAAUUCAUGGAGAUAAAACUCCAAAACUUAAAGCCUGUAACUUGUGAGGUUAUUUGGCCUUGCAUGUUAAUUUGCUUUUCAAAACUGUCUAAAGAACAGGGAAGUAAAUUUGCAAGAUAUUUCAGAUUUUCUUUUUUUCCCCCCCACAAUAGGUUUUUUUCUAUAAAAUUAUUAAAAAGUUUGAGCUGGUCUUAAAAACUGGAGCAGGAUCUUUUGAAAAGACAGUAUCUUUGAAUAUACAGGCAAAUUUUCAGAAUUUGGUCUGUAGAGAUAGACCCUUUCUCAUUCUUGAAUAAAAUAAAUGAAUCUUCGUUUGUGGCAUGGAACUGACCAACUAGAUUUUGUAUUUAAAAUAAAACAUUGCAUUGUUGAAGGACCAAACUAUUCUGGAAAUAAUGCUAACUUUACAAUUUAGAUAUGCAUGUUAUUCAUUCUUUGAACUGCUAUAACAGUGUACUUAACCGAAAAUGUUCAGUGGAUUCCCUGAGCAACAUUUGAGCACAUGAAUAAUUCCAGUUAUUUCAAAAAGGUGACCCAUGUACUUGAAGUUUAGACUUGUAUUUCAGUACCUCUCUGAACUUGACUCAUUGUCUGUUUAGUUAUGUGCCUAACUCAGUUCCUCUUUAAAAGGGCGAAAUGCCUAAGCAUCUCUGAAGUUUGUCUGGUUAAGUGUAUAUUGAAUUGGCUGUAUGUAAGCGCAUACUUAAAUUAGGCAUAUACUUAUGUAUGUUACUGACCAAGGAUUUAAAUUAGAAUGCAGACGCGCCACUUUAGCAGGCAUUUCUGCCAGUGGAUUUACGUGAGCCAAGUCUGUUGAUCCUGUAGACACCUGCAAGUGUGUCCAGUUAAUUGCAGGACGAUAGCUGUUCAGGAUAAGGUCUGGUUCGUUAGUCAUUUGAAAACACUGAAGUAUUUCAAUUUUCAGAAGAACUGGUACAUAAUUCUAUGCCUAAUUUGCAUGCACAGCUGCUGGAACUGUAUAUUCGAAAGCCUGUUAGUUAGCUACGUAUUAGGCAGGAUGUGCAGCAAAGUACCUGAUACUCAUGAGCAGUCAGGCAAAUCAGGUACACCUCUCAUUGCAUGCCUGACUUCAAAAUGAGAUCUGUGCUGAACAUUGUGAUGAUGACUCAGAUUCAUGCAUGUUUUUAAAAAAGCCCUGGAAGUCAUUUUGCACAGUUAAUUCUUAAGUGCUAAUAAUUUUCCUAUUUUUCUCCUUUAGAUAGCAAAAUCAAGUGGUUUGUUACAUGUUAAGGAGCAAGGUGCCUCAAAAUUUAACAUAAAUAAGAUAAAUGUAAAUAGGAAGCAUGAGAAAAAAAUGGGUACUGUUAUUUUAUCUUCUCUAUUCCACCCAUGCUACAUAUAAAUUAAGUUUCAUUUAGAUUUGUUUUGUCCUUUGGUCAUAUCCAACUGUAACCCAGUCCUUGCUGCAGAUCUGUAAAACAGGUUUGCAAUGCUUCUUUCUUCUUAGUUUUUUCAAGUAGUAUGUUUCCUGUGGGGUCUGUUGAACUCAUAUAGCUAAAACUGCACAGUGUUUUGAUACAUACCUCAUAUUUUGCUUUUUGAUAAGAAUAUGUAUAUAUUCAUUUUUAAAUCCUGAAGUUAGUGGGUUUAUAGUUAAAACAUACAGUUUGAACCAAAGCAGAAAAAACCACUGGCAUGGUAUUUGUAUAUACCUUAACUUCUAAAACAAUGUUUAAAUAAAAGCAUUUACUUUAUUAAAGUGCAUGGGGUAAUACCAAAGAGCUCAGCUGGAUAGCAUAUAUACAAUUAUCAGAGUAAUUUUGAAUAGAUCAUAGAUAUCUAGUAUAAUUAGAACCUCUUUCUGUAGUUUUUUAGUUUAGUGUUUAAUGUUCGUACCAGUUUAAAUCCCUUUGCAUUUCAAAUUUAAUAUGUACAUUUAAUUGUACUCAUAAUUGUUUAACUAUUAAAUCUUCUGAUUUUUGAAGAUUUUUGGGGGUUCAUUUACUGGUCUAAUUGUGACUAAUGUUGAAUGGAACCUACAUUUAAUUCAGAUUAGAUAUUACAUAAACUUUUACCAUGGCAGGGGGGAUAUAGUUUGGUUGAAAUAGUAGAAAAUACGUAUUUUAGGAAAAUAUAGCUUGCUUUCCUGAUCAAUUAUGAUUGUCUUCAAUCUCAGUAAAUUUAAAGCAAAUUUAUCAAGGUUUCAGAUAAACUGAGGUGACCUAGAAUGUGAUACAGUACAAAUCUGAAUUUUUUCUGCCCUCCCUUCCUCCACCUCCAACCUCACUUGUAGUAUGUAUUGUGUGGAGUCAUGGUAGUUCAGUAGUCUUAAUUUUAUUUUUAUUUGUUUUUACAUCCCAAGUAGGUAGCACCAGAGGAAAAAAAAAAAGCACAAAUUUCAGUUAGCACAUAGUUUGUUUUUUUUUUUUCUUUUUCUUUUACUGAUUUGGUUAUUUGCCAUUUCUGGGGAUUAAACUUUAAAAAAUGUUCUUCUUUUCUGUAUCUGAUGUUCUGUGUGCUAUUAGUGAUGCAGCCAACACGAACGGUUGUCAUGUGUAAAACAACUUUCGAUCACCGCGAAAACACCGCCCUGGGAAAGCGUCCAUGCUUGAUAUCGUUUGGUUCAUGAACAUUAAGUUUCCAGUACAGGUAAAAUCCCAGAUGAAGCCAAAGCCCUUUCUCUAUUGGCGCCUGCUCCUACUAUGACAAGCCUGAUGCCUGGUGCAGGGUUGCUUCCUAUACCUACACCAACCCCUUUGACUACACUUGGUGUUUCACUUGGCACUUUGGGGGCUAUACCAGCAGCAGCAUUGGACCCUAAUAUUACGGCACUGGGAGAAAUACCCCAGCCUCCAAUUAUGGGGAAUGUGGAUCCAUCCAAAAUCGAUGAAAUCAGACGAACAGUCUAUGUUGGAAACUUGAAUUCCCAGACUACAACAGCAGAUCAGCUGCUUGAAUUCUUUAAGCAAGUUGGAGAAGUCAAAUUUGUGCGAAUGGCAGGGGAUGAGACACAACCAACACGAUUUGCUUUUGUGGAAUUUGCAGACCAAAAUUCUGUACCUCGAGCUCUUGCCUUUAAUGGAGUUAUGUUUGGAGACAGGCCACUGAAAAUAAAUCACUCCAAUAAUGCGAUAGUGAAGCCUCCUGAAAUGACACCACAGGCUGCUGCCAAGGAACUGGAAGAAGUGAUGAAGAGAGUAAGGGAAGCCCAGUCAUUCAUAUCUGCUGCUAUUGAGCCAGAGUCUGGAAAGAGCAGUGAAAGAAAAGGCGGUCGAUCUCGUUCCCAUUCUCGUUCAGAAUCCAGGUCUAGCUCAAAAUCCCGAUCUAGAAGGAAAAGAUCACACUCAAAACACAGAAGUAGAUCUGGCAACAGAUCACUCUCAAGACACAAGGACAGACGCAGAUCCAGAAGUCCCCUGAAAAAACGGUCUAGAUCUAGGGAAAGGCGGAAAUCAAGAAGUCGCUCUCGUUCUCGGGACAAGAAAAGAGACAAAGAAAAGGUCAAGGAAAAAGAAAAGGCCAAAGAAAAGGAGAAAGAGAGAGACCGAGACAAGGAGAAGGAGAGAGACCGAGACAGAGACAAGGACAGGGAAAGAGAGCGAGAUAAAGAGAGAAACAGGGAGAAGGACAAGGAGAAGGACAGGGAAAGAGAUAAAGAGCGAAACAAAGAUCGAGAGAGAGUCAGAGACAAGGACAGGGAUAGGGACAGGGACAAGGAUAAGGACAAAGAUCGGGACAGAGACAAGGACAGGGAAAAGGAGAAGGAUAAGGAGAAGGAAAAAGACAGGGAAGAGGCAGACCAGAACAAGGAAAAAGAAGAUACUGAGAAAGAAGGAGAGAAGGAUAGAGAGAAGAUCAAGGACAAGGAGGGAGAUAAGGACAAAGGAGGGGACAAAGAAAAGGAAAAAGAUGGGGAUAAGGAGAAGGAGCGAGAAAGAGAAAAAGAGAGAGAUGAUAAAAAGAAGAAAGAGAAGAGAUCCAGAACACCCCCAAGAAGCUAUAGCUCUUCAAGAAGAUCUCGUAGCUCCAGCAGAGAAAAGCGUAAAAGGAAGAGUAGAAGUCCCUCCAAGUCUCCUAAACCAUCCAAAACAACAAAAAGAAAGUCUUCACGAACUCCUUCUCCAAGAAGAAAUAAGAAAGAAAAAAAAAGAGAAAGAGAUACAAAUAAUGAAAGAAGAGAAAGAGAACGCUCCACCUCCAAGAAAAAAAGUAGUAAAGAAAAAGAGGGAAAGGAGAAAUCUGACAAAAGCACCACUACUUUGAAGGACAAAGAUCACACUAAAGAGGAUCAGAAUUCAGAAACUGACAAGGAAGUAGACAACAGAGAUGCACAAAGGACAGAUGAAGUCAAGCUACAACAGAAUGGGAACUGUCAACCAAAUGAAGAAAACCUCUCAAUUAAAGUGGAAGAGGUUUAAAGCAAAGAAUGGACCUCUUAUUCAACCCAAAGCUUUUUAUUUCCCAGAAUGAGGAAGAAAAUGUCAAAGCAAUCAACCUAAACGUGUUGAUAGUACUAGUAGCUCUUCUGAUUCUUGUGAUAGCUUUGUUGUCUUCUUGCUGUAAAGCAAGAGAGCACGGACCAGUAGUUAUACCAUGAAAAGGCAGAUGCCAUCAGAACUAUUCAUCUCUGAAAAUCCAUGCAUUUCCAUGAUGGCUGUACUUAUUUGUAAAAUGAUUUAUGUUAAGUUUUGCCAUAAGCUGUUACAAAUAAGUAGAAACUGAAAGAUGUAAACCUGUACUACCCCAAAAAAGCUAAAGAUAUGCAUUGAAGGUUGUUUAAAAUAAUGCUUGUUGACGAAUUUUGUAUUGUUUUACCUUGUGGGUUAAAAAAAUCCACAAAAACUUCAAUGUGUAAUGUUUGAUGUGCUUGGAAAUGGUGCAUAAAUAUACACUUUCUUUUGUUGUAAAUGACAACUGUAGGGAAAGGGAUUUUAAACAUAAACACAGUUUUACGGUUCUUACGUUAAAUACCCACUGACGAGUAUGUUUUUCAUUUGCUCACUGCUUGAACUUCUUGGGGUUUAUUAUUUAAAAGAAUUUCUUACUAAUAUCCCUAAAAUUAUUAUUUCUUUUUAAGUAUUUGAACAAUGCAUGCUGUUUUUCUGUUCCUAAAAGGAGCAUUGCCAUGUUAUAGAUAAUAGGUUAGCUUACUGGGUUCUUUUGGGGUUGUUUUGUUGUUUUCUUUCUUCCUUCCAGAAGUGAGCACAUCUGUACAAUAUUAUCAGAACUUACAGCUUUGUUUUGAGCCGUACUGCAGUGUGUCUGAUCAGCUGCAAAUAGUACAGGUGCCAUUAUGAAAAUAUUUUUUUCUUAUUUGUUUAAAAAAUAUGGGAGCACAAGCAGAAGCUUUAGUGCCUUCUUAAAAUGUGGUAUUUUCUAGAAAUGUAUAUGUGCUGUUACUCAUUUUCAGCUAAAUCUUACAUGAUCUCUAUUGCUAUUUUGCCACCACCAUACUGCAGACAAGAAUGCAAGUGAUUUGUCAGAACAGUUGUUUGAUUCACUUGUUAAAAUACUAAAGCUCCAUUUUUACUUUUAUUUUUUAUUUUUAGAAGAGAUUUAUAGAUGAAAGCAAAGAUGCAAUUUGGGGACCACCACUGUACAAAAGUAGUAGCUGAAUACAAAGCAUUUUCUGAUCACCUGCAUCAGAGCCCUUUAGACAUUUAAUCUACAUUUGAAUGGCCUUAAUUGUUACCUCUCCAUCAUCUUCUCUGAUACCUGUUGGGUGAUAUAAAAAGAAUUGUAUGCAAAGAAUUGGGGAUAAAUAAUUUGGGGAAGAAAGUUUUAAUUUACAUAGGAGUUAUGUGGUAGAGGUUCUUUUUCCAUUCUUUGGGGAGAAAGCAUGUAAGAAUGACAAAGCAAAUAUUUUUGUCGAGGUAAAACAUGGCUUGUGUUCUCUGAACUAGUUUAAUCAGUUACAUGAGAUUUCUUAAGAGUCAUACCUUUAAACCUUACUUAUACCUAAAAUCGAGUAGAUUAUUUUUAAUACAACUUAAUACAAUCAAAUGACUUAAUUGCCUUACCUCAUAGUAAGAGUUACUUCUUUCAGUUAGAAACCCCACAAAACUUAAUAGCCUAUUAGCUAUUUGCUUUCAUUUUUUUUUCUUUUCCUUUACACAGUUAAUUGUUCCGGGGGCGGGGGGGGGGGGGGGGGGGGGGAGCAAUAUUACAGGGAAUUAAAAAUUUGCCCAAUUCCUAAGGUAAUGAAACCCAGUUUGAUUGUGAAGCUGCUUAAUCACUCUUCAUUUUCGGUAGGAUUUAAUGUUCUUGCCACUGUGUACAUUUAAAACUAUAGAAAAUGCUUUACCAUGUAAAGUAUAGACAGUCAUUUUUGUGAUGUUUAAGCCACAUGCUGUUGGCUGAUAAACAGCUUAUUCUGAUAAAAGAAUGACAAAUCUGUAUGCUUACAGGAAGACUGUGAAGGAUUGUGUCUUGCAACAACAGCUGUCUUAUUUAUGAUGUGUAAGUAGCAUAGAGCAAAGAGAUUGUUUGUAUACUUGUUAUCUUUGGUACCAUUUCACUAAUAAAAUUAAGUAUUUUAGAGGGAAGUUUCUGCUGGUACAAACUUAUUAAAGGAAUAUUUUUAGCU